GGAGGCUCAGUAUUCUCGGUGUUGGGUUCGGGUUUGGUUGGCUGGCGGGGUUGCUUCAGGGGUCUGCAGGCCCCACCGGGGACCGGCCCGGGGGGUGAGGACGAGCAACGGAAACUGAGAGCCCCGGUGGAAUGAGCGAUGAGAAGACUUCUCUGCUAUGAGGACCAGGAGGUGACGGGGAUGAGGUUGGCGAAGCCGGAGUGAGAUCGCCGUAUAUGACUCUGGAGUGACCAGUCCUCGGGUGUAAGCAUGCCGGAGAUGACCCAGAAUGCAAGUCCUAACAAAACCAAGCACAGGAAGAAAAACCGCGAGAGUCACAAUGAGGUGGAGAGACAUAGGAAGAAGAAAAUAAACUCUGGGAUUAAUCGGAUCGGGGACCUCAUCCCGUGCUCUCCAGCACUGAAGCAGAGCAAAAACAUGAUUCUGGAUCAGGCUUUCAAGUACAUCACAGAGCUGAAGCGGCAGAACGACGAGCUGCUACUCAACGGAGGGAAUAAGGAGCAAGCCAGCGAGAUCAAAAAACUCCGAAGAGAGUUGGCAGAGUUCCAAAAAGAAAAUGCUCGUUACAUAGAAUUAUUGAAGAGCCAUGACAUCUGCUUAUAUGAUGACCCGACGCUGAAUUGGAAAGGAAACUCAAGAAAUUCAAAGGCUCCGUUGAUCGCUCCGACUGAUCAAACCCCGAAACUUCCCCUCUGCCUAAACGGGAACCAGCAGCUGGGCUCUUCUAACCAGGGCACCACCGUGCACGGCAUCACCUUCAACGUAAGUCAGAACCUCCAGAAGCAAACGGCCAACGUCGUUCCAGUGCAAAGAACAUGCAACCUGGUGACGCCCAUCACCAUUGCUGGUGUGUACCCUUUGGACAAAACGUGGCAGCAGAAUUCAACGUCGUCCACCACCGCCGGUCAAGCUGAAUCAUCGAGUUUUCCUGUGACCAUAGCGCAGAGCACAGCAAUCCUGUCCAUGUGCAAAGAUGCUGUAAUCUCCUCGACCAGUUCUACAGUUACAUUUCCUGUGGCGGCUAUUACAGCGGGUCCGGUGACAUGUUCUUCGCAGCCGGUGGCACAAGAAGGUAUAGGUGUACAGUGUGGGCAGAGUGUGGACACCGUGCCCCAAAGCAAUCUUCCAUCACAAGUAUCGCAAGCCAAUGUGCCUGGAGUAAGUUUGCAGGUGUCUUCAGAUGCUCAUGAGAAGACGUCUGGAGCUUCUGGUUGUGUUCAACCUGGAAAGGAUGUUGGGAAGGAAAGUUUGCCCAUCGUUGAUAUCGGAUCCAACAUGGGGGUCUUCAUUCAUUCGAACGAAAUGAAUUCAUCUGGUUCUAGUGUGUCGGCGUUGCCCGCUCCUUCUCUGGACACCGUUACCUGGUCGCUGUCGUCUGUAUUGCCGGAUUUGAAAAGUGUUGGCAUGUCUCGAAUCCCAUCAGAUGGAAAUACUCAAACAACAUGGACAACCUUGCAGCUUACUGGAAACACCGUUCAGCCAUUGAGUCAGUCAUCCUCUGCCGUUAUUCCUAUACCGCUCACCGAACAGCCGGUGGCCCCCAAAGAUACCUUGAAUAACCGACCAGCUAUGGCUUGCGUCAACCUGAACAAUGUGGCAUCCUCAGAAGUCAAACCUGCGGAGCAAGUAAUGGUGAAAAUGCCCUCUUGUCAGCCUGUACAGGUCCAGUCACUCAUAAGCCAACCGCAGCCACAAAGCACAACCGGUAUCCUUCCGCUACAUCCACCUGUGCAAGUAAUUCAGGUGGCGCAGCCAUUCGGCACUGCAAUAAAUACAUCACCAGCCAGUCAGAACAUUAUAUUACUUCAACCACCAGCACCUACGCCUUGUCCGCCAGCUCCUAAACCAGCCGUGGGGCAGCAGAUCGUUAUAAUCCAAGCUACCCCUAACCAGAACACUCUCCCUAUUAUGACAGCCCAGCCUUCCCCUUCUGUGGUGAUGCCCAUCAAUGCAUCCAAUCCUGUCGUUUGCCCUUCAAACCCUGUACAAAGCACAGUAUUACCACAGACAUUUGGUGGAAAACACCUUGUGCAUAUAUUGCCCAGACCUAGCCCUAUCCAACAGUCUAGCACCACACAGCAAGUGUCUGUGUCCACAGCUGCACCCAACCAACAGCCGCCAACAAUUUCUCUCAAUGGACAGUUAUUUGCACUUCAGCCCAUGAACCCUUCGGCUGGAUCCUCCAACCAAACUCCUAUGCAAAUUAUCCAGCCGACUACUAGUGAAGAUCCUAAUACAAAUGUAGCUCUCAACGCCUUUGGUGCUUUGGCCAACCUCAGUCAGAACAUCUCUCACAUGGCUGGUCAGAAUUGCCUGCAGUUUACACUUAACCCUCCUGCACCGGCUACUUUAAGCUCCAGCACCGUACCCGUAAACUGUGUUUCAGUAUCUGGAACCAACUUAACGCCCCCUGUUGCUGAAACAUCUUCUGCUCCACCUGUUGUGUCUGUAACAACCAAGAGUUUAUCGGUAAAACCUGUAAAUUCCACGCCAGCCAGUGCAAAACCAAAAAAGACCAUCAAGAAACCCACGGGAAAGAAAGGAGCUUCUGCAAAAAAGGAUCCUGCUUCCACAGCUAAACCAGAUCCAUCAAAAACUCAGACCAAUAGCGAACCUCAAAAAGUCACCGUCUUGGCAACACCCUCAACUAUGGAAGAGAAAGCGGAUGCGGCAGAAAGUCAGUCCUCAGAAAAUGGGCUUAAUGGGAAAACUGAUGAAAGCAGAAAUUCUGCCUCAUUACAUGCAAACAUGGAAGGUAAUGCAGUGUCUGAACCAAGACAUGACAACCCAUUACCAACCCACUUUUCCAACCCUGCAGACACUGAUGUAGGUCAAGGCUCUUCUGUAACCCAGAGUCAGCACAGACAGUCUUCAGAACCAGAAUGUUUUAAGGGAACUGUAGAACCCAGCAAGGAGACUCUUCAAGCGGUGGUAGAGGUUCCUCAAGAAUUAACCACUGGUGGAAGUUCUGAAUCUGCCACAACUUUCAGACCUUGCCAAGGAGAACAUGACUCUCCGACAUUAACUGCUGCCGAUUUGUUGGAAGCACAGAUAUUGAGUGAUGACCCAGGUGGCAAAUCCUUCGCUUUAAAAGGAGACUCAAAAGGUCUUGACUGUCCUGAAACAUUAUUUAGAAAAGUGAAGGAAAAAGAACCUACAUCUACUGGUGAAACGAGGCCGGAACCAGUCAUUCCGAACCCCGCUGUUGUUCAUGUUGCCCCAAGUCAGACCAGUACCUCGGAACAAGACGUCAGCAGCUCAUCUGCUUCCAGUCGACAGACAGACUCACCGUUGUCCAAUAGUGCUGCUAGUAGUCGUAAUUUUUCAGUGGCCUCAAUGUUGCCAGAUACCAACAGGGAUGAAGUGGUCAGUGGGGCAUCACUAGGGCCACCAUUUAAUGUGUGUGGAUUUUCCGAGCAGAACGACAUAGUGGCAGUUGCUGCAAGAGCUAUUUUUGACCAAGAAAAUCUUUCGAAAAGAAUAUCAAGGGUGCAGGCAGAAGUUGUACAUUCGGUUCCCAGGAUUUCCGAAGCAGAAACCUUGACUCCAGACUGUCGACUCCCUUUCAAGCCCCCUUUGGCCAAAGAAAACAUUACUCAACUUCCACCUUCAUCCAAUUCCUUCAGUGCGCCACAUACUAACUCCCACCCUUGUGUCGAUCAUUUGGUAGAAAAAAGUCAUUGUUCAGUUGUGAAUUCCGCCAGUCUGUCCUUACAGAUUUCGACAUCUCAAUCUCAAAGUGUGACAAGCUUGAGCAUCAAUAAUUUAAUACACCCAGGGGGCAUUAACCAUUCUAUGAACUGUGCAAGUGUGUUACAGUCCUCUGAACACAUGUCUGCGCCCCCGUCCACUAAUCCUUCCGUGUCAUCCAGCACUUACGAAAGCCAGACCGAAGUGACGACUGUUCUGUCUGACUACUCUCAUGAACAGCUGCAUUCAAUGACUUCGGCUGUUAUGCAGGUAUCACAGGCGACAGUUCCCCUCCUAAAACAAACCCCCGAAGGCAGGAAAGAGGCAAACAAACGUUCGGCUCAUGAGGACGAGUUACUCUCUGCAGCCAAGAGGCAAAAACAUUGUCAAGCUCCUUUAAGACUUGAACGAUUGCAGCCUUCAGACAAUGUUGCAGAGCAGAAUGAAGUGUUGGUUAGCCACGUUGCGUCCAACUCUUCUUCAUCAUCGGUAUCAGUAGCCAGUAAUGUCCAAAGCCACAGCGAGGGGCUAUCCAAUCUUUUCACAUUAAAUAAUAACUUUGCGAACCAAACUCUAAGACAAACCGAUCUGCGGUGCAGUUCGCAACCUUCUAUAUCCGAACAGGGUCAGAUAGGGAACCAACACCUUCAGCCUUUGCAAUCGCACCAACAGCAGAUACCGCUUCAUAGUAACAACCCCUACUUAAAGCAGCAGCAACAAGCAGGACAUUUGCGUGACCAUCAUCACUUGUAUCAGCAGCAGCAACAUGUUCCACACGUGGACCGCUCCAUCCGCUCUCAGUCUCAUAACAUUCAGCAUCAGCGAAUGAUACAGCAGGAUGUUCAGAUGCAGAAGAAACAGAAUCCUGUGCAAGGUGCUCAGGCAGCACGGCUGUCUCUACAACAGAAACACCUCACAGAGCAAAAUCAGCAUAAGAGAGGUCAACCUCAUCAUCAACAGAUCCAACAGCAGCAGAUCCCCUCUCAUUUUGGUAGUGCUCAAGUGGAGAAGACGUGUGAGAACAAUGCACCGUCCCGGGGUCUUCAUGUAACCCACACACACAGCCAUGUGAGUCAGGAUGUACUUCAUCAACAUCAACAGGACAUAAGCCGCUCACAAGGAUCCAUCGUGUCCUCGGAGCACUUAUUAGGUCACAGCCAAGUCCAAAGACUUAUGACCUCAAGAAGUUUGGAGCAGCAGAUGGCUUCCCAAGCUAGCAUUGUCUCUCGGCCUACAAAUAUUACGUGCGCUCCACACAGGCAGGAAAGGAACAGAGUUUCCAGUUACUCUGCUGAGGCGCUGAUAGGCAAGAGCACUUCAAAUACAGAACAGAGAAUCGGGGUGUCCAUCCAAGCUUCAAGGGUAUCGGAGCAGAUAGAAAUGCGGAAGUAUCUGGAUGUGUCCAGGAACAAAGUUAUACCAACCCAUAACCUUCAGGGCCACAUGUCUAUCGAGCAUACCAUCAAUUCAGAGAAUCAGAGGCUUCCUGACUGUCAGACCUUCAAACCCGGAGGCUUGAAUCAGCAGCAACCAGCUUCCUUUGAAGUUCAGACCUCUAGAAACAAUGAAGGUGGCACCAGUGCCAAUAUGAGAGGAUUGCAGUCACAGACCUAUAGAAUCAGCCAGAAUCCUAAUUCAGCAAUGGAUCGACAAAAGCACCUUCCCUACCAGACUGCCCAAGAACUGCCCAUCGCAAAUACCCUUCCCAUUCGAGAAAAUGAGAAUUCUUGCCACCAGAGCUUUAUGCAGAGUUUGUUAGCGCCUCAUAUUGGAGAACAGGUUGGGGCAAGUCAGAGGUCAAUAUCUAGUCAUCAAAGGACGCAGUACAACUCCUCCUCCAGCAUGGAGUUCAGUUGCCCACCACCUCGCGAGUCUCUGCACCUCCGGAGAGGGAGUGAAGGACAGAACCGGGAAAGCUGUGAUUUGGUAAUGGGACAAGUGAACUCAAGGAACAAUUCUUUAAAUAUUCCCUUCUCCAGCUCUUCUUCCUCUGGCGACAUCCAGGGCAGGAAUACGAGUCCUCACAACUCCAUGCAAAAGUCUAAUUCUGUACGGCCACCUGAUGGACAGGCUAAGAACCAACUGAAUAUCCAAGUUUCCAUUAACAUGCAUGGUGUGGUCCAUCCACCCAUCCCUCAUCAGUCUGUUUCCCAUGGAAAUGGAGAUCAGAGGCAAACAGUGAGGCAAACGAAUCCCCCGGUAGCACAGAGUUCUAGACAUCCUCUACAAGAGGAACCCAACUCCAAAUCCCGCCAGCCUGAAAGAAACCGAUCGGCAAACCAAAGACACAGCAAUAUGUUUGAUUCUACUCUGCCUCAUCUCCCUCUAGCGGGCCCCGGUAGCAUGAUUCUUGGUCGUCAACAGCCCGUUUCAGAAAAGAGGGCUGGUAUUGUUCGGUUUAUGGCUGAUGGCCCUCAGGUGUCUGCUGACAAUCCAGUUUCUGACCAACAUACACUUACCCAGAACUUUGGUUUUCCAUUCAUCCCAGAAGGUUCAAUGAACCCACCAAUUAACGCAAAUGCGUCUUUCAUUCCUCCUGUUACACAGGCGACGGCCACACGGACAUCUGCCCUAAUCCCUGUAGAUCCACAGAACACAUUGCCUUCGUUUUACCCUCCAUAUUCACCAGCUCAUCCAAGUUUGUCCAAUGACCUCACCCUGCCCUACUUCUCCAACCAGAUGUUUCCUAAUCCCAGCACAGAAAAACCCAACAGCAAUAGAUUUGGCUCCAUAUUGUCACCACCAAGGCCUGUUGGCUUCUCCCAAACCACAUUCCCUCUGCUCCCUGAAAUGCCCCCAAUGCACAUGGCUAACCCCUCACACCUGUCCAACUUCAACUUGACCUCCCUCUUUCCAGAAAUCGCCACAGCUCUCCCUGCAGACGGCUCAGCAGUGUCGCCCUUACUUUCCAUAUCGCACUCUUCUGCUUCUGACUCUUCCAAGCAGACAUCAAAUCGGCCGGCACACAACAUAAGCCAUAUAUUGGGUCAUGACUCCAGUUCGGCAGUGUGACCUUACUCCUGGAUGGGUUCCUGUACACCUCUCCCUUAGGCCUCAUGCACACGAUUAUUGUACUGUGUUUUGCACUUCGCAAAACAGAGAUACCAGCCGUGUGCGUUCCGCAUUUUGCAGAACGGAACGUCCUGCCCUUUGAUAGAAAUGCCUGUUUUUGUCCACAAAACAGACAAGAAUAGGACAUUCUAUUUUUUUUUUUUUUUUGCGUGGCUACAGAACGAAGCAACGGAUGCAGACAGUACACGGUGUGCUGUCUGCAUCUUUAGCGGCCCCAUUGAAGUGAGUGGGUCUGCAUCCAAGCCGCAAAAAAUGCGGUCGUGUGCAUGAGGCCUUUUAUGACAUAACGUGAAUUGUUCCUGUUCCGUUUCAUGUUUUUUUCUUUUUUGUACGUUUAUGUAUCUGUUCAUUGCCUUCCAUCCACAUAUCGGUAAUUCUGUUUCCCUUAAACUCAAAGCAACAUUUUUCUCCAAGUUCCAGACGUUCGACUAGUUUAACCCAUAAGUGUUCCAGUUUUGUCCGACACCCUCUGCAGUUGGAGGAGCGCCCUACAGUAAGAUGUUCCAUCGUCCUCUCUCGGCUGACGGACAGUAUUUAGAUUUCUCGUUUUCUUUAUGUGUUGCUGUUGCUUUUCUUAAUUGUCAAAAAUUAAUUUUUUACCAUUUUUCUAAAGUAUCUAUUUGUAUCAAAAGAAGGAAAAAACUAUCAUGGGUAUAAAAAUCUUUUGGAAAUUGCGAGAAUAUUUUUUUCUUUGGCAUAAAUACUUUUUGAACUGCUGGGUCAUAGUGAGAAAAUUUGUAGUUUAUUCCUUACUGCUCUCGGCAAAAAAUGUGACCUCAUCCUCCAUAAAGACGUCUGGCCUAGCUGUGGGCAGACACGUUUGCUCUGGCUGAGAAGUCUGAAAUUGUUUUAUCCCCCUCCCCGAUGUGAAGCUGGUUUUGAGAGUGUUUGUUUUCCCCUACAAUGAAACCACAUUAUACAUAAGUAGGGUCUAUGGUUGGGCUCUUACCAUUUUUGAGUUUGCAGUACCUACUUUCCACCUACUGGUGGCACUAUAACAUCCAUUUCCAGCUGCUACUUACAGCAAUGUAAGCAUUAGUAAUCAGAUUUUAGGUGCAAUGGAUCCAUUAGUAAUCAGAUUUUAGGUGCAAUGGAUCCAUUAGUAAUCAGAUUUUAGGGGUCAACAUUAAUUGUACUUUUCUUAAAACAAUGAAAUCUUCUGCCCAGCACAGUGUAUGGUCCAUUGAAACGGUAUUAAAGGGGAUUCCUACCUUAACUAGAUAAUUUGUUUCCAGUGCUCUUCUCUGGUCUAACCCACAUGACAUAAAGACUCAGGUGAGAAGUAGUAAAAUAUAUGGAUCUGAUGGAGGUUGUGGUCUAGUUUCAGUUCAAGUCCGAUGUCAGGGGCCUUCAAUUCUGUAUAUAGAAUAGCAUGGGAAGAGGAAACGGCCGCCGCGCUGUUCGACUGGUGUGCCCAGGUGAUGAUCUCGGCGCCAGAUUUAAACCCAAUCUUACCUGUCGGGUCAUGACGCAGUUAACGCCCAGCCAUAUGAUGGGAUAUGGUAGAUGAUUUGCGCUCCAUAGUAACCCCGAAGCCUCUACAGCCCCCACAUUUCAUUGUAUAUAUUAUACUGUAUAUAUGUAGAUUCCACGGAGCUCGCCCCCCGCGUCUCCACUGUACAUGUUGUGUAUAGUUCUUUAUACUUUUGGAAAUUCUAAGACGACGGCCCCCAUUCGGGUUUCGGACCUUUUUUCUGUUAUGUGGGGGAGGGGCGCUAUAUUUGAUUUUCUAUCGCUGCUUUUGUACUUACAGAUCUCAUGGUACGCUUUGAUUUCCAAUGAGUUCUAUUUACUGUAAGACCGGUUGUAAUAAUUCUUUGUAAAGAGCUGAACAUAUUUUAUUAGUAAAAUAAAAGUUCUC